AUGGCAGCCAACGACGACCCUGCCAUCGACAAGCUCAGACAACUCGUCGCCCCAUCCAAUGCCAGUGUAGAUCCGACUACAGUGCGAGUCCAGGCCACCGCCCUCGUCGCUCGUCUCAAGGCUCUCAACCGCAACGCCAAUGCUGCAACCCGUGCUCACAAGCAGGCCACGACUGAGGCAAGACAGGAAAUGGACCAGACCCAUCUUGGCCUACAAAACUUGCUUUAUGAAAAGCGCCACCUCGAACGUGAGAUCGAAAAGUGUCGUCAGUUUGCGUCCAUUUAUCAGGACGUUCCCCUACAUUCGCUUGAAGAGUUCCAGCAGAUUGCACCGCCAGAAGCGCGAACGGAGGACGUCCUAGACAACCCUCAUCAGUUGAUGCUGAACCGCCUCAGCUUCGAACUCGCCGAACGUCAGAGGCUCGAUCUCAAACGGAAAGAACUCGUCUUGCUUAAGGAGGAACUCCUCAAACAGAGUAAAGUCAAGUCUACAACGGUAGAUAGCGUCAAGUCCCAAAUUGAUGCUCUUAUGAAGACUGCGACAGAGAUUCAAAGAAGGGUCGACGAAUUGGUUCCCCCAUUACCACCAUCGGCCGACCCAACUUCUGCUCCUGGCUAG